CAAGAUCAGCUGGGUUGUUGCCAUAGUUAGUGCGUGCAUGAAUUUACUGAUUCUGAUACCGAUGAAAGUCAGCGGUCUGAUUUUUGUAGAGAUCCUGGAUCGGUACCACGUCGGCAGAAACCUGGCUGGCUAUCCAACGUUUACUAUUACUCUGAUGCGAUGCACAACCGGACCGUUUGUCGGAUACUUUUCGGAGAGAUUUGGAAUGAACCAAGUGAUGAUACUUGGAAGCAUUUUGUCGGCCGCAGGAAUAUCAGCCUGCUUCUUCGCUGAAGAUAUCGCAGUAGUGAUUGUUUUCUUAGGAGUCAUUCAUGGAUAUUUUAGAGACACAGUGGGAUCUUACUCUUGGCUGUAUCACACAAUAGCAGUGGUGUCGGUGAUUUGCGGAGCUCUUUCAGCCUUGAUCCCGGUGCUUGCCAGGAUAAGAGACGGAAAAAGGGAAAAGAAAAGAACAAGUUGAAAAUGCUACGAAUCAUUCAAGGCAAAUAUUUAUGCAGCAUCGUCGUAGUUUAAAAGUUAAACUGUUCAAAAAGUAAAGUAUUCUAGUUGGAAAAAAUAUGAUAAAAUUAGCACGGAAGACAAUUUCGAAUUUGAAGUUUAAAUUCUUUCAAAUGAAAUUUAAAAUAGAAUUCAGGUUAUUUCUGAA